UAUACAGCAUUUAUGAGCAGUGUAGUUUUGUUUAAUCUCUAAGAUCAUGCAACUUUUCAGAAUUCGGAAAUCCGACACCAAGUUUCAUGAAGUUAUUUCCCUUUUUCCAGUCUAUAUUUAUUUAUGUCUAUGAAUAAUGCGUAGAGCAGUUUUAUGAAUUUCUGGCACUGCAUUAGUUUAUUUCUUGCUAGGGACAAACUUAGAUCUACAUCUGAGACAUAGCCAAAUAGUGUUUGGUGAUUAGCUUAUAUUCUGUGAUUCAAGAUGGGCGUAAUUUUUUUUCGGAAAAAAGCUGAGAAAAUUUUUUUCAAUUAAAACACAAACAAAUUUCGAUGUGCUUGCCAGCUUUAUUUUAAGAGUCUUCCCUUGAACAGCAAACUGCGCCUAUCAAGAUGUUUAGCGGCAAAGUUUCUUCCUUACCUAAACCAAAAGACCAAGAGUUGCAGCACAUUUACAACAUCAUUAAGCAGAACAAUGCUGUACAAGCCGACAUCGGAAACAAGACUCCUCAAAUGAAGAACUCCAAUGAAGCUCAGCAGAAGCUGCAAGAUUUUGUUGACAACUACAGCAUGGAUGAGGGAAGCAUUAAAGAACGACUUGAAACAUUUCGCUGUAGUGCUGACAACUGUGACACUUUAUUACAUGCUGCAGUGACUUAUGAUGCACGCAUUGAAUUUAUUCAAGGUAUACUACAACAUUGUCCUGAUUUGAUCAAUACUACAAGGCAGGGAGGCUAUGAAGGUCAAAAUGUAUUACAUAUGGCUAUCGCGAAGGGUGACAUUGAACUUACGAAAGUGAUUUUGGAGGCGUCAAAAAAUAAAGAAAUGUUAUUAACGACUUUUGCCAAGGGGUCAAAGUUCAAAAAGACUGUAGUAAUGGGAGAGACCCCCCUUUCAAUAGCAGUCCUCACUCUAAGAACUGAAAUGAUAGACCUUCUACUAGAACACGGUGCUCGUAUAGAUCAAGUGAACAGCAAGGGAGAUAAUGUUAUUCAUACACUAAUGAAAUUCGCAAAACUAAAACGCGAAAAAAUACCUGAAAUCAUAGACAUGCUGAAGUAUUUAAACAAAACAAUAUUUCGAAUCCACAAUGCUAAUGAAACAAGGGAAGUAAGUGAUUUGACAAAAAAUUCAGUAGAUGUAAAUGACUGUGUCACCUUGAAACAGACCAAAAAAUUCGAAACUAGCCAAGAUAUUAUUCACCGAAUGUGGUUUCAAGAAAAUGAGGACUUAGAGACACCUUUAAAGUUGACAACAUCUCGAGGCCUCUGGGAAAUUUUCAACGUUAUGAUGAAGAUGGAAAAUGUGUUUUGUCUUCCUGGCAACUUUGAUGGAGCCAACUAUACACAUUUUUAUGAUAUCACAGAAAUCGAUCACAUUGCGCAAAGCAGGUAUACUUGGCUUACGACAGACAAAACAAAAAACGCUGUUCUACUUAUGAUAAUUUUUAAUCUAUUAUUUCCAAAAAGACCAGUUAGUGUCAUUGAAAAAUUGUGCUCUAAGAAUUGGGAGGAUGCUAAACCUUAUUACAAUAAUGAGAUUUUGACAACGAUUACAAUGAUGAGAUGGAAAUUGUAUCGAUUAUCCUUUUACGCAUUCGGGAUCGUUCACCAUUUGGUGAUGCUAAUUUUUGCCACUUCUAGCUUUUGUAAAGUUCGAGUUGUAAAUUCAACAUGUAAAUAUUGCGAAUUUGAAAAAAUGUAUAGCGAAGUUGUGCUUUGGAUAAUCUUUCUGUAUAGUCUAUACGUAAUCUCGUGUGAAAUGUUUAGGUGUUUGUUUUUGAAAGAUACGUUGAUAAUGUUUCGGCAACAACACAUGGAUAUCUAUAGCUAUCUUUACAGGUUUAGUCUACUAUGUUUUGCUUUCUGUGCUGCAUACAAUUGCUAUACUAGUCUACUUGGUUCAUUCAGUAACGGUUCUUUUCUUACUACUCUAUUUUCAGGUAGUUUUUUUUUGUCUUUUUUUCUUCAGAGGAUUUGAACCACUAUCGUAUUUUACUCUUCUAUUUACAGAUUUGACCCUGACAAGUUUUUUAACCUUUGGUUUAAUAAUUAGCAUGGCAUAUUCAACGUUUACAUUUUCUAUGUACAUGUUAAUGGAAAGUUAUGUUCAGGUUGAAGAAUUCAGUGAUUUCGGAAACACAACUCUAACCAUGUUUAGUUAUAUGCUUGGCAUCAAAGAGUUAACGUUCCUGAACGAGGUUGACCCGUUAACUAAAUUCUACGUUGGUAUUGUUUACGUUGGUUUUAUGUUUACGACAUUCAUUUACCUAAUUAACUCUCUCAUCGCUCAGAUGGCUGGAUCUACUGGAGACAUUCUGAAGGACAGAAAAUUAGUCGCAAUUUUACAGAAAUCCUCAGUGAUCAUAUUCCUAGAAGGUUUGUUUCUGAAACGGCGUUUGCUUGAAGUGGAAUCCGAUCAUACUCAUUUAAGGAAAAAUAGAUUUUAUAUUUCGCUGAAAUCAGAUGUAACAAGCUCUAAAUAAAAUUUAAAAAUUCCUUUUUUUUUUUCAUAAGACGCUGAAUGUAUUGCUGAGUGGUUAAAACUCUAUCACGGGGGCUGGAUGUAGGGACUCAAAAAUGUUUUUUUUUACAUUAAAUAUUAAUGCAAAAUGCAGGUAGGUCCAGUCCACGCCGGGCCCUACGUCUCUGAAUCAACCAAUAUCAAUUAAUCGAUUCACUAAUCAUUGAUCUAUGUAUCUAUCUAUCUAUCUAUCUAUCUAUCUAUCUAUCUAUCUAUCUAUCUAUAGGUAGGUAAAAAUCUGUUAAAGGAAAGUAACUCUCAAAUUGUGGUAUAUACCGAGUUCUUCUAAAUACGAACUUGCUAUUUUUUUUUACAAAAUCAAUACAAUAUAUGUGCGAAAUUUGUACAUUGCGUAUGAUGUAUUUUUUUAAAAUAAUUGUUAUUUCUUUUUCAAUAUUAUUUGUUCAACUGCUGAGAUUCAUGGACAAUUUUUUUUUAAAGUACAAAAGCCUUCCUUUGACUCCAUGGAUACUGUGCUGUGGAGACAACAGCUGGGAAAAUCUUCUAUCUUAGCAUGGCACCAGGGUGUACAGGAUGAGAGGAGGAUGUUACAGAGUCCAAACACCGUUCCCCUUAUGACGACAGGUGCAGUGUUGAUAAAAGGUUAAGUCACCUUCACUAAUUCGCCCAAUAUUCUGUGUUAUCCCCCUUUUAGAUAAAGUGUAUGGAGAUGUAUGCCCAUACCUAAGAGACAGUCUGAGAGCCAAGAUGUCUGAAUAUAUUAUAUUAUAUUAUGUUUAUAUUAUGAUAUUGUUGUUGUUUCAGUUUAAGUGUCUAUUUUAGUCUUGGAAUACGAGCCAUAUGUAAUUGGGAUGUAACACCCAACUGUGUGGCGACACCCAACUGUUAAACUUUUCGUUUAUAAGCAGAUGUAACAGUAUUUUUUGAUAAUUUUGUAACAUCAUAGCACUAAUGUAAAUUUCUGAUAUGCAUAGUAAAAUCUUUUUGUUUUAUCACAAAACAGUAUAAGUAUAUUCUUGCAAUAUAUAUUUUUCUUGAUAAUUAAACUAGUAUUACACUAGUAUAUAUAUAUAUAUAUAUAUAUAUAGUUAUAAAACCUUGCGAAUCGUAAUGUUACCUGAAAUAUAACCCACUUUAUAACGCCCCCAGACACACACACGCACACAUACUUUUCGGCCAUAACUUUUUAGUAACACUUUCACUAUUCUAAAUUAGGCCGACAUACAUUCUCUGACUUCUCAAUUUAAUAUCGCUAACAUUAAAGAGGCCUGUAGUAUUGUCUCAGUAAUACUUUAGUCGAGCGCUCCAGAGGGCUCACAUGAUGUCCAGGCCUCUUGGCCACCAUUUAGUAAAUAUACUCUAUGCUCAUUUUCGACCGAACCCCCCCCCCCCCCCCGCCACCCACUAUUUUCUGCUAUGACGUUUUUCGGCCAUUUAUUAAUACAAUUAUCACCCUUCAAUUUUUUUCAUUCUCCAAUGGAUCGACACCAUAGACCAUAGGCAUAAAAUAAACCGUAGACUUAUAUAUUAUACUAGACUUGAAACUGGAAAUAAAUUCUGAUCCGCGAUUGAUCGAUUCACAGACAUAGAUAUAUAUAGAUAGAUUUUUAUGUAUGUAAACUCUUUUUUUUUUCUAGCUCUAAGGGGAGUCGCCCCAAUCAAUCUUUUCUGUCUUUAGUUUUCUAAGUUUAGAAAUAAUGCAAAAUCAUUUCUCGGAUAUUCAUUCAAAUAGGCCUAUAUGAAACAAAACCAUUUCCUGUUUGAUUCCAUUGAGAUAAUAUUUCAAAAAUCCUAGAUCGAAAUAAGUCUUGUUGAUUUAGAUCAUCUUAUGUACAUUUCAAUAGAUUGAUUACCUAGAUCUUUCUAGAUUAUAUAUCUAAAAAUUGCAAAAUAAUAAUUAUGAGACGAGUGUUCUCUUAUUUUGUAUGUUCAAUUACUAGAUCUAGAUCUAAAAAUUAAAUUAUAUGUUACAUAGGUUAGGGUUGAAAAAAAAAACACAACAUAACUUCUUUUAACUACUUUACAAAAAAACGCCUGGAUCCAACUUUCUUUUUGUAGUGUUAAAAAAUCUCCAUGUCCAGUCUAGAGUAGUAUAUCUUAAGUCUAUGAUCGACCCAUUAGCACAAAAAUUUCAGCACUUGAAAGUUAUAGCAACUUUUGAUGCACACUCAUAGACAUAAAUAAAUAUAGACUGGCCGAUUAAAGAGUUUUAUGAAACGAAAAUUUGUGAAUUGCAAUUUUGUGUACUUUAUUAUACAGCAUUUAUGAGCAGUAUAAAAGUUAAGUAUUCAGAUCUAUUUCAGCCGUAACCUAUAUAAGUAUUACAAUAUUUUCACUAGUGAUUUUUUAAAAUCUCUCAGCGUGAAGAUCAUGCAAUUUUUCUUAAUUGAGAAAUCCGAAUACAAUAGAUAUACAUGUUUUCAAGUUACAUGAAGUUACUUCCUUUUUCCAGUCUAUAUUUAUUAAUGUGUAUGUGCACACUUUAAUUUUAAAGCAAUGAAUGUGUGGCAUUGUCUUUUUUUUUUUAAAAAGGGUUUUAAUGUUUUUCUUGUUAACAUUAUAGGCCUACCAUCUUUUACUAUUACACCUCUUUUUACGACCAUUUUUACAUUUACUAUUUUUUAAAAUAAUCAUAUACUUAAUGUAGCUUAUUAUUAGUCGCAAUAA